AUGGCCACCAGAGAACGAAUUCGACAUGUCCCAUCGCCUCUAAAUCUCACGCCCACAAAGUCGCCGCCGCCAUUGCUCUAUGACCUCCCGAUGAGCGCCCCCCUCUCCUCCCCGCCGCCAAGAUCAGGCCCAUUUGCGACUCCAAAGUCUCCUAGAUCACCUCCACGCACUCCAAGAAACAGAAAUCAGGUCCUGCUAAGUCCAACAACCUCGGGUUUCAGCAACAACUAUGCACACAGAAACAGUAUCAUCAGUCUCCACUCCCAGCAGCCUUCACAUCCUUCACAAGGCCUCUCUGCUGUUUCUAGUCUGUCAGGAAAUGCCAAUGGCACGUCCACGCAUGAGAUGGAGGCCUUUGCAGCGCUCUGUCGUUCGUGGUACUUUCAGCAGGAUCCAGAGGCCGGCCGUCAGGUGCAAGAAACGCUCAAGAAGAUACCCGCCUCUCAGCGUGCGGCAUAUACCCGUCUGCAAGCCCAGAUACGAUCGUCCUAUCACACCUCUGUGGCCUUGAGGCGAGAGUCAGAGUUUCACGCACACAUCACGUCCACCAAGCCAGGCCAGUCUCUCACACCGUUGAAUCGACAAGACCCCUCGUCCGAGAGUGCCCGACAAGAGCGGCUUGAGAGGUUUGAGAAGCUCGUCAGUGUGUGGGCAACUGCGGGCAACGUUGGCGUGAAACCAUUCUUCGAUGGUCUAUAUGCAGUCUUGCGCCUCCAGGGUCUCCCAGAGAAGCUCGGAGGCGCUGGGGAGAAGCGAGUAGCUUGGGAAGUUGACGAUGCCGUCUUCAAAGAGUCUGCUGGCAAAGAGUUUAUGCUAGAAGCCAUCGACGUUUUGAAAGGGGUGCUCGGCUUUGAAGAAACUGUCAUCACCGAGCAACGGAACGGUGACAUUACACCAUCCUCUAUCACGGCAAAUGAACGGCUAACUGCAUCCGACCCGCCUCCCUUACCCGCUCGGCCAAGAGGGGGUUCAAAGUCUGCCGAAUCGAGCCUUUACAAGCCUCGUCCAGCGCUCCCAACCAUUGCCAGCGCAUCCGCUGUUCAACAAUCCGACGUUACAGUCAACGGGAGUCCGAUAGAACCCCAGGUUGUCGUGGUUGAAGAUGAUCUAGAAGACACGUUUGCCGACCCGGUUCCGCGAAAACCCGCAAUCCCGCCCAGAAGAAAAGUCCAAAACUCGACACAAAACCACGAUCUCGUCGAAAACCGAACACGAAGUCAGUCGGAUCCAUUUGACGACACGAACGGACAUCUCCCCUAUGGGUACGGCCACACGCGCUCAAGGACACAGGGGAGUAUCACUGCUUUCUCACCCACUGCUCCCAGUCCGUCUAUGACGCCUCUCUUGGUCCCCGGAGGAAGCAGUGUCGGGACUGGGACGACGAGCGAGAGUGUCCUCGCCAAGGCGACGACGGAGACGGAGAGCCAGCCGAAACGACCACUCUCGCUUCCUCCAGAAGACUUUGAGCUCGAGGUGACGGGUCCGGGUGCCCGGCUGGCUGCGCCUACGCCAGGGUUACAAGACUCUGACGACGAAGAGAGUGGCGAGAUUCUAGGCGACUCGGAAGCGAGUGACAGACGCUCUACCGCGUUUGGACUUGGUUUUAUGGGCAAGGCGCGGCGCGGGAGCGAGACGACUGGUCUGGGGCUGUUGGGAGCGACGAAGCAGGCAGACUUGACGUCGUCGUCGGCCAAAGCGUCGACGAUUGAACUGGAUAAAAGCACGGCUCCUUCUCGAAGUAUUACACCCGUGCCACCACUACCGCCGCACGAUCUGACGCCCAACGCAAAAGUCGAUGGGUUCGUGCCGGCGCAUGCAACAUACGGCUCGAUUGACGGCAACCCAUAUAUGCGCACCUGGUUUGUGCCUUCGUAUCUGACCAACCCAGAGCUCUCAAAGCUCCUCGCCGUCUUCCCACCUUCGAUUGCAAGGGGGAAUGUUCCACGAUUCCGAGGCGCGGUACAGGAUAAAGACGACAAGAAGCGUCGUGGCGCCGCAGCAAACGACCUCGAAGCCCAGACGGAGAAUCUCACCGAAGAACGCGAGUACCUAAGAUAUGGCACAGGCAGGAUCUACCUAAGCGACGCAGGACGUGACGAAGGAUGGAGAGGAUCGAUGUGGGAACGCGACGCCAUUGCCAUCAGCUCGCUGUGA